AGAUUUGAGAGAAGUAAACAUCAGUUUGGAUAAACUCCACAAAAACACUCACUUGUCGUUUCUUUGUAUAUAUACAGGGACUGGACACGAGCCGAAUCUGGUAACACAAAGAUUUUAAAGAUUAUUUUACUUCCUAAAUAAAAUAAAAGAGAAAGGUUUGACAAAAGAGAGAGAUGAGUUGUGUACUUCGUCUUGUUGUGCUUCUCCUCUUGAUGCUUACAGUUACAUCUUCAGCUCGUAGUUCUGUCUCCGUUUCAGGUAUCGGGAAGAUUGGAAUUGAAAGGAGGUCGUUGAUGGUGAGCGUCGAGGAUUAUGGUGACCCGUCUGCAAAUCCUAAACACAAUCCUGGUGUUCCUCCGGCAAACACCGCCCAACGCAGCCCCGGCAGAGUCUGA